ACGCUUUCAUUCCGCAUUCGAGCCAGCAGCAGACAAGUUGUGUGUUGAUCGCCAAAGUCGCAGAAAUCGCGUUAUCUUUUUCGCUUCCCUCCUCCCGCGCCGCUACCGAGUGGCCAUUGAUAAACCAGUGCGUGAAAUUCCGGAAGUGUUCCGUCGUCAGCGGUCAGCUCCCCGUCGAGAAUCGUAGUGUUCCGAGGUGUGUCCUUGGCCGGAGCUGCAGCGCAGGAAGGCAGAGCGGUGGUGCCAGAGGUGUUCCGGGUGCAAAAAUCAAUUACAUCAGAUUAGUGGGAAAGAAAUUUCCAGCACUUUUUUUUUCGCGAAUCUCCGUGUGUCCAUUUCGGUGCAGUUUUUCGGUGGUCAGUUUCUGGCCAAACCUGAGAGCAGCAAGCGCAGAGAGAGAUAAAAGUGACCAAAACAGAGUGGUGGUGGUCCCCCGGAAGAAGAGUCAGUCAGUUUUGUGCGCUGGCAGUUUUUUCGGUGCGAAAAGUUUGCCAAAAACGCAGUGUGACGAAGACGAAUCGAUCCGGAAGGUGUGAGGACAUCGCCUUGCAAUAAUACAUCUUUGAAAACGCAGCGUAGAUUCCCAGCGGGAGGUCCCGGCAAUCCAGAUUCCAGAUUCGGCAGUGUUUGAUUAGGAAAAAGUGAAGAGUGGAUACACUGAAAGAAAAAAAAGCUGUGAAGAGUUGCAAUCGUUGUUGUGUGGUGUGAUACGUCAGUGUGCAAGCGAUCCGAUAAGAGCAACAACAGGAAAAAAAAGCUAGAAGAAGCUGCCGCCACACAAAAGUUGGUGGUGUCGCUGCUCACUGUCUGUGUGAGCUGCAAAGAAAAAAGAGCCCGAGCCGCAAGUGCUCAGCGCUAGUGCCGCAAGGCAGUCUUUUCUCCGGGUGAACAGGUUCAGAAAAAGGCUUUCAAAAUUUCCAGCGGGAUGGCGUUCGCUGGUCUGAAGAAGCAGAUCAAUAAAGCGAAUCAGUAUGUCACGGAGAAAAUGGGUGGUGCCGAGGGCACCAAACUCGACCUGGACUUUAUGGAAAUGGAAAGAAAAACAGACGUCACCGUAGAACUGGUCGAAGAGUUGCAAGCAAAAACGAAAGAAUACUUGCAACCAAAUCCAACGGCCAGAGCGAAGAUGGCAGCGGUCAAAGGUAUUUCUAAAUUAUCAGGUCAAGCUAAAAGUAAUACUUAUCCACAACCAGAAGGUAUAUUGGCCGACUGUAUGCUGACAUACGGUAAAAAGCUCGGCGAAGACAGUAUCUUCGCAAAUGCCCUCGUUGAGAUGGGCGAUUCGCUCAAACAGAUGGCCGAUGUGAAGUACUCGCUUGACGAUAACAUCAAGCAGAACUUCCUCGAGCCACUGCACCAGCUGCAGACCAAGGACCUGAAGGAGGUUAUGCAUCAUCGUAAAAAAUUGCAAGGACGACGUCUUGAUUUCGAUUGCAAAAAGCGACGACAAGCAAAAGGAUCUCAAAUUACAGAUGAAGAAGUCCGGGGCGCUGAGGAAAAGUUUGCCGAAUCCUUACAGCUGGCACAGGUUGGAAUGUACAAUCUGUUGGAGAAUGAUGUAGAGCAGGUUUCACAGCUAGUCACAUUCGCCGAAGGACUGCUCGAUUUCCAUCAACAAUGUGCCGAUAUUCUGCGAGUACUGGUCGAGGUGUUGAAUGAAAAACGUGAGGAGGCCGCGGCCCGGCCCAAGUCGGAGUUCGUCCCGAAGACACUGGCGGAUCUGAACAUCGAAACGCUCGGCUCCCAGGACGGCAUGAACGGUGGUUCAUCAUCACGUCUCAAUUCACCGGUCAAUAAACCGACACAUCUGGAACUUUUGGGUAACGGUCAAGCGCAGGCGCGUUCCACCAAUGCGUCCCCCUUGCCAUCACCGAUGAGGUCGCCCGCGCGGACCCCGAUGCCAGCGAAGCCGGCGCAGCCCUGCUGUACGGCGCUGUACGACUUCGAGCCGGAGAACCCCGGCGAGCUGGGCUUCAAGGAAAACGACGUCAUCACGCUGAUCCAGCGCGUGGACGAGAACUGGUUCGAGGGCAGCGUCAACGGCAGAACCGGCUACUUCCCGCAGUCGUACGUGCAGGUCACCGUUCCGUUCCCUUAAGCUGACUCCUACUCCUAAUCCUUCGUAUGUGCGUAUGAGAGCGUGCGUUAAUAUUAAUUUAGACAACCCGAGAGCAGAGAAACACACUGAAUAAAACACAAAAACACAGACAGAAACACACACAGGACACGCCCUCUUACUCUCUAAAAAGCUGGUAAUCGCCUCCGUUCUGAUAAUUACUGAAGAAAGCAAAGCAAAAACUAUUACUAUUAAAAAAAAACAGGAAGGCGGAUGAAGAAGCGCAACUACUAGGAAAAUCCGAAGGACUGCUGAUCUAGUUUAGCGUAGAGUGUUAGUAGACGCAAAACCGGGCAGAAUUAUGUUUUAUUCCCUUUCCUCUCCUCCAAACUAGAAUUUCCCCCCUUCACACACUACUAGAAAGAAAGAGAAAGAAAGAGAUACGGCAAGAUAUCGAAACUAAAAAGUAUUUACACGCAAGAGAUUUACUGAACCGCGCGCGCUCUAUUCUGUCGAACUGGUUAUUCUUGUUUUUCUGUUGUUCCCUCUUCCACAGAACCCGCUCGUUGAAAGAAUUUAAAGAAAGAGAGAGAAUUUAAUUGCGUGAUGACAGUAGAACCGAAAUUACGAAACGAUUAGCAGAUUGAUCAAUUGCACGUGAAAGCGAGAGAGAAGAAAUUUAAAAAUCAACUAUACAUGUGUAAGGUGUUAAUUAUUAUCUACUAACUUCUAUACAUACUGAAAGAAACAAAACAAAAAAAAAAGUAGUUACGCGACGUAAUCGAGAUUGAUUGAAAGCGAGAUUGUUGUUGAUUGUUUUGAGCACGACCCCGUCGCACGUUAAAGUUCUGUUUUGGUCUUCUUCUGUCUCUGAAAGCAACAAAAAAAGAGGUUAGCAUAAUUAAUUCAGUUGCGUUUGCGAGUCGGAUUUUUUAUUCAUAUUGAACAAAGACGCCCAAGGAAUUUCUCAACCCACAGUAAAAAUAGUGAAUGUGGAAGCUAAAAAAAAUAAAUUGUAAAUUUACCUGUAAUUUUACAUACAUUUUAUGUAAAAAUCAAAAUUACACGAAAAAAGAUGUAAAUUUCCAUUAUAUAAAGCUUGACAUCUCUUUGCGUGUAAUUCAACUUUCAAGUUGAAAUUCAUGUAAAUUUACAUAAAAGAUUCGGUAAAUUUACACGUUCCAUCCUUCAAACUACAUUUACAUUUUUACUGUGUAAUUCACACAUCGAGCAAUUAUUUGUUACACGCAAAAAAAAAUGGAAACCGAAGGUUUCCGCAGGGAAAAGAAUUUAGCAAACGAAACUUGCUGCAAGUUGACUGUGCACUGAUGAUGACUGUAAUUUUCACAAACACACACCACACAACUCUUUGUUUCUAAUUUUUCUUCACGCUGAUUUUUUCCUACUAAAAGUUCCAGCUCUCCGCUCCGGUGGGUUUCGUUCGCCAACUGCUUUGGCUUUAGCGUUUAGGGCCUAGGCGCGAUAUUAUUAAUUCGAGUUUCGAGAGUAUUACUCUGUGUAUAUAAUUUUAGUGCUUUUUGUUUUUAAAAAUAAUAAUAAAAAAAGCGGACGAACGCGUUGAGAUCAU